AGUUCAAUCUUGACUAAACCAUUAACCAUAAACCAACUUGAUUCUCGAACUACAAUAAUUGAAUCAGUCGCGACCGGUUUAAGCAAUAUUGUCAUAUUGUGACUUCUGGUUAAAAAUAUUUAUAGAACAUUUUCUUAGCAAGAAACCUAAUUGAAUACUGUUAACUUUCAAAGAUAAAAUAAAUAACUAACUAACCUAGAAAUGUCGGUCACAAAUGUUGACACAGUAGAGAAGUUCAACACUUUAAUAGGUUCAUCAAGUUUAACCGUAGUUCACUUUUCUGCUGAAUGGGCUGAACAAUGCAAACAAGUUACUGAUGUUCUGAAGGAAUUACUGAAAUUGCCAGAAAUACUCUCAAGUGGUAGCCAAUUUGGAGUAUGCGAUGCUGAAAAUCUUUCAGAGGUUUCAUUGAAAUAUAAGGUAGAUUCAGUACCAACAGUUAUAUUAUUUAGAAACAGCAAACAAAUUGAUAGAGUUGAUGGUGUGGAUGUAGCACAAAUAUCAUCUAAAGUGAAAACUCACAGUAUUGGUAAAGCAAUUAGUGAAGAAAUUCCUAAACAAUCAUUGGAAGAUAGAUUAAAAACCCUAAUUAAUAAACACAAUGUUAUGAUAUUCAUGAAAGGAACAAGGGAUGCUCCAAGGUGUGGGUUCAGUAAAACACUUAUUGGAAUUUUGAAUGGAACGGGAAUUCAAUAUGAGACCUUUGAUAUUUUAAUGGAUGAAGAAGUUCGUCAAGGUUUGAAAGUUUUCUCUGAUUGGCCUACAUAUCCACAGGUGUAUGUUAAAGGAGAAUUAAUUGGGGGUCUUGAUAUUAUUAAAGAACUUCAGGGAAAUGGUGAAUUAGAAGCUACACUUAAUGCAUAAGUGUUUUUUAUUGUAAACUUUAGCUACUUAUUAUUUAUUUAAUAAAUUUUUUAUUAAAAUAACCUA